AUGCUAUUUAACCCUCCUCAGUCUAAAGACCAUGUACGAGAUAGGUUUAGAAAUAUCCCUCGUUACCUCUUGAGGGUUGUGAGCCCUCGAUCCGUCGGCGCCAAUGAUACGACAUGGAUCAGAUCAGACUCUGCAGAACAACAAGCGGCGCAUUCUACGGUCGAUUUAUUCGCGAUGCGUGAUGACGAGGCUGCCGCAAUGAUCAACGCGCAUUUGCGAUGGGAGGGCGGAUAUGACAACCUCGUCUCUUGGACAAGCUCGCAGUUGUUCGCAAUACAGUACAUGCUUUGGUUACAUACCGCGAGGGGCUGCAGUACCUCUGCUAUCAAGCUUUUUGUGCUUGACACUUCGGCAUUGCCUGCGGGGGUCUUCCUAAGAGAUAUUGAUCUCCUAGAGGCCUACCACGAGCAUUCUCCCAGGCUGGAUGAUCUGUACAUAUUGAGACGCCGGAGACACAAAAAUUAUCAGGGAUACUUUUAUUUCGGAGAGUAUCUCUCCCAAGGCUGCUUGAACAUCGAGGGCCGCGUUCAAGUCGUCAGUCUAGCCGCAUUACUGGAGAAUGGCCUUUCCACCUUGCGCCCCGAGUUCGCCGACAUGUCAGAGAGCCGGCGGGGUCUGGCGAACCAAGUCAUCGCAAUGCGCGAAGCAUUCUUGUACCCACCACGGCUGAUCACUGAGAACGAGGCCCGCGCAGUUAUACGUCUGUCGGAGCUCUUCGAGCCAAGCUGGAGACUGCCCAUGGCAGCCUACUUCCUAGCACUCUGGCCUCGUACCCUGCAGGACGGGGACAUGAUCAAUAUGUUCAGCAACAGGCUCAUGAUGGACUCGUACUCGUUCCGCUUACCAUACAUUCGCGUGGCCGGCCUGACCGACACCGAUAAACAGAGUUGCUCCGAGCUUGGAACGAAGGUAUGGUCCUGUGCUGAGCUGCCAGAGGUGACACAGUUUGAGGUUAUCAUACGAGCAAUUUACGAAGAGUUCGUAGCGACGAAAACCCUAGGUACGUUCUGA